AUGAAAAUUAUUAAUAUGAAUUGUACAACUCGUAUCGGCUCGAUUACUAAUGCAAAAUACGUGUCCAACGAUACUAUUACUGUUAUCGAAUACAACAAUUCUUGCUCAGAAUGUCUUUGUAAGGCAUUCUUUUCAAGUCUAUCUCCAUCUUAUGUUGGAUUGAACUGCUAUAUGAAUAAUAAAACAUGUUAUCUAUUUGUCAAUUAUUCAUUAUCGGGAAUGGUAGUCAAAGAUAUCAAUACGAAAUUUAUAUUUAAACAGGCACCACCAUUUCGAAAUGUAACCGAAGAUCCGUUUCCAUUAAGUGGAAUUACUGUUGCUGGAUAUGGCAAUGGUUCAGCAGGAAAUACUUAUAAGAGUCUAAAAAAUCCAUUUGGGUUGGCAUUAGACGCUGCUGAUUUACUUUUCGUUGCCGACUAUUCAAAUAGUAGAGUGAUGAGGUUCGAACCAGAUUCUUUAACUGGAACUAUAGUCGCCGGCACCGGAGUACGUGGUACGGCUGACAAUCAGCUUGGUUCACCCGGAGAGAUAGCUGUUGACGCCUCAGGGAACGUAUAUAUAUAUGAUGAUUUGAAUUAUCGAGUGAUGCUGUGGCGGGCGAAUGCAACGAAUGGUACACGAAUCGCCGGGACUGGAACAAAUGGAAGUACAAACGAAAAUCUGGGCAGCGGAAUGGGUUUAACUCGCGACUCAUUAGGAAAUCUUUAUAUAUCGGAUAAAGGAAACCACCGCAUAAUGAAAUGGACACCUAAUGCGACUGUUGGUACAUUAUUUGCUGGCACCGGUACAGCAGGUAAUGCAGCUAAUAUGCUUAGAUAUCCUUAUGGUCUCUUUCUUGACGAGAAUAAUUCAUACUUAUACGUUACUGAUAGUGGUAACGCGCGAAUUCAGAGAUUCAAUCUUAGCAAUGGAACAAUUGGCACAACUGUUGCUGGUGGUCAUGGAAUAGGAUUGAGCAGUAGUCAACUGUAUAAUCCUUAUGAUGUUUGUGUUUCUAAAGCAGGCGAUAUCUAUAUUGCUGAUAAAUCAAAUCAUCGUAUUCAACUUUGGAAAGUUGGAGCAACAACGGGAAUAACAAUUAUAGGCAUGACAGGUAUUACUGGCGCUAAUGCAACACUAUUAUACGGUCCUUCAAAUGUUUUGCUGAGUGCUAACGAAAGCUUUCUCUACGUGAGCGAUAAUGAUAAUAAUAGAGUACAGCGUUACAAACUUCCCUGA